CGUGAAGAUCAUUGAAAAGAAAGAGUGAGGGAGAGAGUGUAUUAGUAGUCAGAUUGUAUUUGAAGCGUGGUAGCAUAGCCACAACACAUACAUAGAUACUUCAACCACUGCGAUUCCGUUGUAUCAGCUACGUGAAAGAAGCAAACGACGCAUUCAAACACGAUGGACCAUUUGGCACAUGAUACUCCAGACAGGGACUUGUCAUCGAGUGAAGAUGAGUUCUUUGACGCCGAAGAGUCCCCCAGACCAUCUCCUAAUUCCAAUCAAACGGCAUCCAAAUUAAGCGAACUAAGUGGCCAAACGAAUACAGCACUAAACCUUACUAGCCAUAUCAGUGAUGUCAACUGUCCAGUUGGUACCCCUACGAAACCCGCUAAACUAAUAAUAAGUGACAUUGGCGCGGAAGGAACAAAGACACCUGUGAAUACGCCUUCUGCCAUGAGCUUCCUUAUAAAUCCAG